AUGCCCUCCGACCCACGAGCCGAUGCCGACGACCAAGAAGCCCCCGCCAUCCCAGAAGAGAUCAAUGAAGUCAAGCGAUAUGAAGAUUUUACUACAAUAGACUGGGUCCAAGAUGCAGUUUACGAGCAGUCACGGCGGCGCGCGAAACGGCGCAGCGGUUCUGGAUUUUGGGAUCAGGAAGGGAUCCUUGGCUGGAGACGGAAGAUGUACGAGUCAUACGACGCAGGCCAGGCAUGGCUUGUUGUUACGCUUGUGGGCAUGGCAAUUGGAUUAAACUCGGCUGUGCUCAAUAUUAUUACCGAAUGGCUCUCUGAUAUUAAGCUGGGUCACUGUACUACUGCAUUCUAUCUCAAUGAGUCUUUCUGCUGCUGGGGUGCUGAGAAUGGCUGCCCCGAGUGGAAACACUGGACUUCAUUCUGGCUGAUUAAUUAUGUUUUCUAUUUCUUUGGCGCGUUACUACUUUCAUCAAUCGCCGCAGUUCUGGUCAAAUCAUUUGCGCCAUACGCCGCAGGCUCUGGUAUCUCAGAGAUCAAAUGCAUUAUUGCUGGCUUCGUCAUGAAGGGCUUUUUAGGUGCCUGGACUCUUCUAAUCAAGUCAAUUGCCCUUCCACUAGCUAUUGCGUCGGGCUUGUCUGUUGGAAAAGAGGGACCCAGCGUGCAUUUUGCCGUGUGUACUGGAAACGUGAUAUCACGGUUCUUUGGUAAAUAUAAACAAAAUGCAUCGAAGACGAGAGAAAUCUUGACUGCCUCAGCGGCAGCUGGUGUAGCUGUCGCUUUUGGCAGUCCAAUUGGAGGCGUGCUCUUCUCCUUGGAGGAAAUGGCAAACUAUUUCCCCCUCAAGACUCUUUGGCGCAGCUAUUUCUGUGCCUUGGUAGCAACUAGUGUGCUUGCGGCUGUUAAUCCUUUCCGAACCGGUCAAUUGGUCAUGUUCCAAGUCGAGUAUAAUCGUACAUGGCACUUUUUCGAGUUCAUCUUCUUUAUUUUCCUUGGUGUCUUCGGUGGACUUUACGGUGCAUUCGUAAUGAAAUGGAACAUUCGAAUGGCCGCAUUCCGCAAGAAAUACCUCUCACAGUGGCCUAUAACCGAGUCGGUUGUCCUCGCGGGACUCACUGCGAUACUAUGUUACCCCAACAUGUUUCUAAAGAUCAACAUGACCGCAAUGAUGGAGAUCCUAUUCCGCGAAUGCGAGGGUGGCCAUGACUAUGCUGGACUAUGCGAAGCAAAGAACCGAUGGUCGAUGGUCUUCUCACUAGCUAUUGCGACUGUUCUUCGAACUGGUUUGGUAAUUAUUUCCUACGGGUGCAAGGUUCCAGCCGGUAUCUUCGUGCCUUCAAUGGCCGUCGGAGCUUCAUUCGGCCGCAUGAUUGGAAUCAUGGUACAGGCACUACAUGAAUCAUUCCCCCAAUCAGCAUUCUUCGCUUCAUGUGACCCAGACGUUCCUUGCAUUACUCCAGGAACAUAUGCGUUCCUGGGAGCUGGGGCGGCCCUCAGUGGAAUCAUGCAUUUGACCAUCUCUGUAACGGUCAUCAUGUUCGAGCUGACCGGUGCACUGACCUACAUCCUACCGACCAUGAUUGUAGUAGGCGUGACCAAAGCCGUCGGCGAUCGAUUCGGCAGUGGCGGUAUCGCCGAUCGAAUGAUUUGGUUCAACGGAUUCCCAUUCCUAGACAACAAAGAGGAUCACGUCUUCAAUGUGCCUGUAUCCCACGCAAUGACCCCAGGCCCGCUCUCGGUGCCAGCAUCAGAUUUCCCCGUGCGCGAAGCAGAGCAUCUUCUAAACGACAACAAAUUCCAAGGCUUCCCAGUCGUGGAGGACCGCACUUCCAAGAUCCUAGUCGGAUACAUCGGCCGAACAGAACUCCGGUACGCCAUUGACCGCGCCCGAAACCAGGGACUGGUGGCUCCAAACGCCCGGUGCGUUUUCACCAAAGAGGCCGCCGAUGCAGCCGUGGCGCGCAGGGCAUCCGUCUCGGGAAACUCUCGGUCAUCAGAUACAUUCGAUGCAAUCCAGAGGAGCGUAGGAGCUCCUUUUGUCGAUUUCUCGCGAUAUGUCGACCACACCCCGUUGGCUGUUCAUCCGCGCCAUCCUCUCGAAACGGUCAUGGAGAUCUUCAAGAAGAUGGGUCCGCGAGUCAUUCUCGUGGAGCAUCGCGGUAAACUCACCGGUCUGGUUACUGUCAAGGACUGUUUGAAGUAUCAGUUCAAGGUUGAGGCCGAGGAACAUACAUUGGCAGCAACGACUUCGUCUGAAUUUUCUACGCUUGGUGCGCAACCGAACCCUGCCCCUGAAACACUGGAAGAUCGCUUGUGGCGGCUCAUUCAGACCGUGGCUGUGUUCGUGUCUGGUAAGGUCUCCCGCCGGCCGGUCCGGUUGCGUGAUCGCACUGUCCCCAGGCAAUCGGAGCCGUCGGAUGUCCUAGAAGAGGGGGAGGUUGACGCGGCGGUUGAAUUGGAGGACAGAGAGGAUCGGCCGAUGAUCCCGUAA